AUGGUAGGUUGUUUCACCACAACAUACGUGCACGCAUCGCAUCGGUCGACGUCGCGGUUGCGUAGCGCUUACGCAGCUGUCGGAGUCACAUUUGCCCACGAUUCUUUUUCUGUACGGACACUAUUGAUUCAUAUUACUGUUGGAUGUUACCGAGGAAUCUACGAUGACAACUCCUUUGCCACUUCUUCGUCUCCCUCUGCUGCCACUCAUGCAAACUUGGAAAACGACCAAGCACGAGCUGAUGUAAAACUUCAAAACAGAUGGUCGUCGUGGAACAACCUUCUUAUUUCAACCAGCGAACUUCUCAACAGAACUUUGAAUGUUUUCAACUGUGGAUUUAUUCACAAGUUGGAGUUCGUAGACAUUCCACGAUACAACGUUUUACCUAUAUUAGCAACACUGCCCAACAUUAAAGAGGUGACGUCAUAUCUGGAUAUUACAAAUGAAAUAAUUUAUCGAACACUGAAAGUUAUUUCGCCAAACACCAGUAAAGUCAACUUGUACCCUAGAGCUGAAUAUGGAAACCCAGAAAAACUCCAAGAAAUUUUGAUUGAAAAUCUUGAUGUCCUAAUAAUUGCUCCUCUUGGUGGUGAUUUCCGAUUGCAUUUGGAUGAUAUUUUGAUUACAAAUGCUAGUAAAGCAGUUUAUAAUCGUCUUCGCUUGAGUGAACAGGAUCUCAAUCGAUUCUUGAAGUUAUGGAACAGUGGAAAAUUCAAUACGCGGAUGGAAGUUUUGCAAAUUGUUGUUGAGGAAGAAUUCAACAGAGACGCUGUUCUGAAUGGACUCCAUGCAGUCGAACUUCCCGAAACGAUUGAAAGAACUUUCGAAUUCUCAAGAAAUCAAAUUUUGAGAAAAAUUGUUUUUGGAGGUUACGAUAUUCGACGAGAAAAUGGUGAUUUGGUUACAGUUGAUAUUCGUGGACUUCACUAUUACAAUAUUUAUUUUUGGCCAUAA